CGGUGUGCUGACAUCUGCAAAAGAAAGAUAUUGUGAUUAAUAAAUUUUAUAUAUAAAGAUGUUGACAGACUUACCUUUUGGCCUACGGAGGUAUCGCAUUUGCUGACAAGAUGAGUGGAGGUGUAUGCCUGCUUUUUAAACUAACAUAAAAUAAAACGAAUCUUACAUUACGAUGAGGCGAUGAGCGAAACGUUGGACUUUUACGGGCGAACUUCUUUAAUCCAAAGUAAAAAAUUUGAAUGCAAAUUACAAAUAUACUAAUAUAUAUCUAUUAUAUUUGAUUUACCGUUUAUUUGUGGUUCUCCAAGCCCAAUUCUCCAUCCCAUUCCGCUGAGCGAUUUGUGGGCGCACCUUUCCUAUCCUGAAAUAGAAAAUGAAAAAUAAGUAAUUUAUAAGAAUUCACUUAAAAUUUUAAUUACCUUUACUUUGCAACGUUUUCCGCCCGACUUUCCUUCAAAACGAAGACACAUUUUUAACAAUUUUCUGAACCCAGUUUAUCCCAGUUAACAAUAAAUGAAUUACGAAGCCUAGCAGAUUUGUUCUGUGCGUCACUCCGUUAUUGCAGAAGCCUGCUUCCCUGAAGAAUGCAACCCGUGCUACUAUUGUUGCCUGCAGGCGCUUGUCGAUGUUUUCUUCUAUCAUAUGGUUCAUCAUCACGAACUUGUAUAUGUCACAGACGUUAUGAGAUGCGCCAUAUACUUCAGGCUUGGCGAAUUCGGGUUUUAGAUAUUUGUGGGCUUUGAUGACGACGUCUCUCGGGUCAUUUGCAUCUUCUUUUCUUACCGUGAGAUCUUCCAGGCAUACUUGGCGAUGCAGCUGCUCAUGUAUGUACUGGGUUAUUCCGCAGCCCGUGAAUAGCGAGAUGUAGUCGUCCUCUUUUCUAGCUAUUUUUCCGGUAACUACAUCGUCGAAUAUCACACCAUCUUCCAAAUGGCAGCAAAUCUUCUUCGGCCUGUUCUCCCAUCGUGUAAUCCAUCAAGUUUAUAAGAUGGUAAUCGUCUGUGGUACACUGUCUGCUGCCCCAAAAAUUUUUUGGAAAUUUAAUUAGACGUUUGAUCAGCUUAUUAUUAUUUGGGUCGUCGGUCUGGUACGUUUUCUCUGCACUAGCGCUAUCUUGCAGAAGAAACAUUCCAGUAUGUCUUGGCUUAUCCUGUAGGACUGAAUAGUUUCACCAGGGUACUCCUCCAGCAGCCCAUCCAUUAAUUUCAUAUAUCUGUCUAUAGUUUGCACGGUGUCGCCCGCUACCAGUUCCGCCUCGAGGUGGUAUUGAGGUGUUCUUUAACUGUUUCUAGCUCUGCUUUUUGGGCCUGCCAAUUGGUGCUGUUGAUUUUGCUGUCAUGGAAAACUGAGUUAAAUUUUGUCAUGGCGGCAUAGAGUUCGUACGUCCGAACUUCUACGUCACUACUGAUGAUUCCUCGCUCAAGUGCUAUUUCCAACAUUGCUGGCAUAGCUGGUGUAAAAAAUUGGAGUGCUUCGACUAUAGACAUGACUGAAGUAAUAAGCAAGCUGGCACCUCUCCUCUUCGUUUUUCGCAGCCAAUUUUAUACAAUAGUGCCUUUCAACACAAUUACAGGGAGUAAAGGACAAACCACGGGUUUAACAGCUCUUACAGAGUGCAGGAUUGUAAAAUUAGUAUUUGGGUAUUCUAAAAAUCGAAAUCAUAAAGUUAAUGUACGCGGAUUCAAAUCUCACUGCGGUAAAGUUUACCUUGGCAACUAUAGUAAGUGGUCAGUCGACGAAGGCGUUGUACACACCUGUAACAUUAAAAGGAGAACUUUUUUACAAAUUAUAUUGAUGAAAUUUAUAUCAGUUUUCUAUAACUCUAAAAUUUGUGUUUUGAAUAUUACCUUUUUAUUACGUAUUUUAAAUUGACGGCAUAAACUAUUUAGGCUCGUGUCUCAACACUUAAAUCUACACCAUGCAGCAGAAUAAGUGAAAUAGUCGUAAACGGAGUCACUUUUCAUAAAUGUUUUGACUAGUUUGUUUUUUCUAUUUUUAUAUUUAAUUCUCUUGUUAAAUCAUGCUGGGCACAGGCUUCAAGAACGAGGUUUCUUGAUCGGAACGGAUGAAGAAAUAGCUAGGUUCAAUACGUUAUAAAGUGAUGAUAUUGCGGUUUCAAUUUUUCCAGCAAAAAAAUCGAGCAUAAUGGGUGAUGAGAUUGAGGCAGUCAAAUAGUAGUUUUGUUAAAAUCAUACUACUUAUUGAGGAGGUUCGAUUUGGCAUGUUAGAGCAGUUUAACGAACCAUCAUGCCUAUAAGAGAAGGAAAUACAAAUUGCUGGAUAAUAUGUAUCCUCAGCUAAACUAAAAUGCGGACAGCGAUUUACCACUUUCUACGGAAAAUUGACAAAGAAAAGAUCUGGCCAUCUGCCAUUACAAUAGGAGUACGGUCAUAUUGCAGUAAAUUACGAUCAAAUAAUUAAUCGAAAAACACAAUAGCUCUAUCAAUGUUGAAGUGGGGACCUAAUAAGUAGAAUUAUCACUAUAACACCAAGUAAAUUGUGGCAAAUUGAAGUGCCCUCGACGGUGACUAUAUUAGUAGGUUUAGACUUUUUGGCGACGUCACAAAUUAGGGCCGCGUGUUUCUUAUAAAUGGAGAUAUCCGUAUUUAGGAGAAUAUAGAAUCAAGUUACGUAUAACUUUUUAUUGGCAAUUCUCGCCUGAAAGGCAAUGAAUUCAACGUCGGGAGGAGUGGUUGCGCUUAAGUUUAUUUUCAAUUUAUAAGGUUACGCCUAAGUUUAUUUUCAAUUUAUAAGGUUGUGCCUAAGUUUAUUUUCAAUAUGCAAACACAGCCAUUUGGUUGCGCCUAAGUUUAAGUAAUCUUUAUAAUUGAUACAUAGCGUUAGAAGGUGGUCUCUUUUAGAGACAAGCGUUUCAAUAGAAAUGAUCUUUAGAAUACGAAUCGGUCUUGAGGGUGUAUCUAUUGGUUAUGCAAAAAGUUGUCGAAAUGGGUGGGAGCAAUAAAUUACUAUAUGAAGCCGAUGAAAGUAUGUCACUGCUUAUUAAAAACGCCAACACCGACGACGCUGGUAUCUACUCGUUCCAUGCCGUGAAUGAUUUGGGUGAAGGUACUUCAGAAAUUAAUUUAACCAUUAAGGCUCCCCCUAAAAUCAAGAAGAUUACAGAUGUCACGUGUAACAUUAGCGAAACAUUCGACGCAGCUACCACGGAUUAUUUUCUAUAAAAUAUGAAAUUAUUUCUCACUUCCAUUACAGUUCGAUACAACUACCACGGAUACUAUCUGAAAUUAUUUCUCACUUUCAUUACAGUUCGACACAACUACCACGGAUUAUUUUCUAUACUGUAUGAAAUUAUAUUUUAGGGACAUUAAAUUAAUUACUACUGUAAUUAAAUCAAAAGAAAUAAUAAAUAAAUACAUCAUUUUUCAAUACACAAU